CCCUUAUAUCUAUCUGUAUGUAUUCUCUUUUUCAAAUUGCUUGGAAAUGUUUUAUUUUAAGCUGAGGUCUAUCGUAAACAGUCUCGCUAUCUCUACGAGGUAGGAGAUAAGGUCUCCAUGACUCUGCUCUCUCCAGACCCUACUUGUGGGAUCACACUGUGUUUGGUGUUGUUUGUUGAUUUCCUUUUUAGAUAGAAAGCAAAGUUGGAAGUUCUUGAAUCACUAUAAGUUCUCUUACUUGUGAACAAUCAUUCUUUUCUUUCUUAUUUGUGUUAUAUUCAGAUUGUUCAUAUUUGUUUUAUCAAGUUUUUUUGGGAAUUUUGUGAGUAUGUUUCUAUUUCUUGGUACACAGACUGGUAAAGUUUCAAUCUUUGUGGUUUCCUAGGAUGCAGACAGCUAUGUAUAUGGCAAACACCAGUUCCCUGUCUCUGGGGAUGUGGUCCCAUGGCCUAUGUUGCUCAGACUCUUCAAAAAUGUUGUGACGGUCGUGUCGGAUUCUCAAAAAGUGCACUACUUUUGGAGUACACUCACCGAUCGACAUUUUUGAAGUGCCAGAACAACGACUAUUGGAGGCUUACCAACUUGGUAAAUCUUUCACCAGAAAGUGUCUUAUCAAGUGGAUUGAAGAUGUAUAUGGUUGAAAGCAAAGGUGGGGCUAUAGCAUGUAUGCUAUUCUCUUUGUUAUUGUUAGGGACAUGGCCAGCUCUACUGACUUUGCUCGAAAGACGAGGUCGUCUUCCUCAACAUACUUACCUUGAUUAUACCAUUACCAAUUUUCUGGCUGCGGCGAUCAUUGCUCUCACCUUUGGUCAGUUUGGGCCAAGCACACCAGAAAGGCCUGAUUUCCUCACUCAACUCUUUCAGGAUAAUUGGCACAGUGUCUUGUUUGCAAUGGCUGGAGGAAUGUUCCUGAGUCUUGGGAACCUCUCAACUCAAUAUGCUUUUGCUUUAGUUGGUUUAUCAGUCACCGAAGUGGUCUCUGCAAGUAUUACAGUCGUUAUAGGAACGACCCUGAAUUAUUACCUUGACGACAAAAUUAACAAAGCUGAGAUUCUGUUUUCUGGAGUUGCAUGCUUCUUGAUUGCCGUUUGCUUAGGCUCUGCUGUUCAUUCAUCCAACAAUGCUGAUAACAAAACCAAGCUUGAUAGCUAUUCAAAUGACUGCAAAGUCGGGACUAAUGGAAUUUCUUCCUUCAAACCAACAAAUUCUAAUCCAGGUACUAAAAAUGAUCUAGAGGAUGGAGAUGCUCCUAGGAAGGCAAAAUUUGGGACUGCGGCUUUCCUAAUAGAACUUGAGAAAACGAGAUCAAUCAAGGUUUUUGGGAAGGGCACGUUCGUUGGAUUGGCCAUAACAUUCUUUGCUGGGAUUUGUUUCUCUAUGUUCUCACCUGCAUUCAACUUAGCCACAAACGAUCAAUGGCAUACUCUCAAAGAUGGAGUACCCCACUUGACCGUCUAUACAGCAUUUUUCUAUUUCUCAUCCUUUUGUUUCGUGAUUGCCAUGAUUUUGAACCUCACUUUCUUGUACUACCCCAUACUAAAUGCACCCAAGUCGUCGUUCAAGGCUUAUAUCAAUGAUUGGAAUGGCAGAGGUUGGGCUCUUUUGGCUGGACUUAUAUGUGGCUUCGGUAAUGGUCUCCAAUUCAUGGGGGGUCAAGCAGCUGGAUACGCGGCUGCAGAUGCUGUUCAGGCACUGCCUCUUGUGAGCACAUUUUGGGGGGUGGUUUUGUUUGGAGAAUAUCGAAGAUCAUCAAGGAAAACAUACACGCUCCUUGCAGGCAUGUUGUUUAUGUUUACAGCAGCUGUUGCAAUUCUCAUGGCAUCGUCAGGGCAUCGCAAAUAGCGCGAUUGUAUAGUAGUUGUAAGAUAUGUUUUUUCUGUACAUAUCAUGUUACCCUUCCUUGUUUGUUGUUGCGACCCAAAAAUUAGGGAGAAAUAAUUUAAUACGAGGAAAGCGGAAGAUUGAUUUUAGUUAGCUCCCUCUCGUUUUAUGAUGGUGUUUGACUCGACACAGACAGAGAGUUAAAAGAUGUUAAUGUUGGCUUAUGUAUUCUUAGAAUGUAUUUCAAAGGGUUCUUUUUAUUUGAAGGUAAUGGAAUCUAAGUUCCUGAAAACAA